CGAUUUAAUCAUCUGAUGUGCCCUAGAUUAGCGUCACUGUGGCUCAAAUUAUUGGUUGAUUGCGUCGGAUUCGUUGUUUUUGUCGUCGGAUCUGUUUUCUGAUUGCUAGUUAUGUUUUUUUUGCAUAUCUAACAUUUUCAUUUUGAGAUUCGGUUUGUCGUGCCUGAGUGCUUUUUUGCUGUACUGUUGUGAUUUGCCUUUUAAUUCGCUGUCAUACUUAUCUGGUUCUCGACGAUCUUGAGCUGAGAAGAGUGAUGUCCGUGAUUGAUGCAUUAUCUCAUAACCAAUUUUAGUGACUUUCAACUGGCAUGUCUUGGAAGUUUCUUUCUUCAUGAGAGUGUAUUCUUUUUGUCUGGACUUCCAUUCAUAUUCUUGGAAAGGGCAGGAUGGCUGAACCAAUACAAAAUUCAGACUAAAAACAACACAGUUGAUGCUCAAGAGAAAUGUAUCACCAAGCUAUUGCUCUAUCAUUUUUGUGUCAACCUACCUGUUAUGAUCUUGUCAUAUCCCGUCUUCAGAUUUAUGGGCAUGCGAAGUACCCUUCCGUUGCCAUCCUGGAAAGUGGUCUCAACUCAGGUUUUAUUCUACUUCAUCCUGGAGGAUUUCGUAUUCUACUGGGGACACCGGAUUCUACAUACAAAAUGGCUUUACAAGCAUGUCCACAGUGUCCAUCAUGAAUAUGCAACACCAUUUGGAUUGACUUCUGAAUAUGCUCACCCUGCUGAGAUUUUAUUUCUUGGAUUUGCUACAAUACUUGGUCCUGCAAUCACGGGUCCCCACUUAAUAACACUCUGGCUAUGGAUGGUUCUUAGAGUGCUUGAAACCGUGGAGGCACAUUGUGGAUACCAUUUCCCAUGGAGCCUCUCAAACUACUUACCUUUAUAUGGCGGUGCUGAUUUCCAUGACUAUCAUCACCGACUGCUGUACACAAAGAGUGGCAACUACUCAUCAACUUUUGUCUACAUGGACUGGAUAUUCGGUACCGACACGGGUUAUAGAAAGCUGAAGGCACUGAAAAGUGAAGGAGAAGAGAUGGCUAUGAAAGACAUGUAAUACCGACGACUGAUCUUCGUUGGUUGCAUCGUAACAUGAUAGAUAGAUUACAGUCUUGGAGCAUCAUCUUCAAUUGUGGGAUAUGGUUCCAGAUCAUCUUGGUUGAAGAUUGAAUUUAGUUUUUUCUCUGUUUUUUAUCAACAGUUUAUGCUGUGUGGAAUUAGGUUGUGGUUCGUUAUGGAUUUUUUGUGUCCUGCAUAUAACCCACAUGAAUGCAAUUCCACCUUAUUCUGAAUCAUCUAUUCAACAUUUCGACUGAAUAUUCAAUUCAAUUCAAUUCAUGCAAA